CCAAUGAUAGGAUGAGGCGUUUUCCUGCUGUCCUCUAUCUUGCAUUUCUAUUCAGGCGCAAAUAGACAGUAUGUGGCCAUGUACAAACAACAGGUGGAUAUUUUUAGUUCUGGAAACUUGAUCUGUAUCAUUUCGGAGGGAGGCUUAUGGGUGUUUCUUGCACCCAAAAAGAGGAAGCGGUUCGGUGCAGUUUUAUUGGCUGUGAGUGUCUUUCAUGUUAAUCAUUUAGCUUUACAGCCUCCAGACAAUAGCUGCGAGAAGGAACAAGAGUCAAAGGUCUCAUCCUGACAUUAGCAACGGAGAAGCUCUCAGUGAAUGUCGACUGGUAAGUAAGACCAAUUCAUUUGAAUCUUUUUAAAUUUUAGUCACCGUCCAGAAAGGUGACCACCAAAUUAAGAGCAAAUGUAACUUUUCUGCUGUGAUAUUGGUUGGAGGUUGGACGAGACUUGCGUGUUUUUCUCUUCAAUCUGUCAGUUGUCUUGUAUUGUGUCAUUAGAUAACAGCGGUAUUUUAACUCAUAAUCAUUUAUAGAUGGAUGAAAAUUUUAAUACACAUCUCUCAAAAUAACAGAGAUGCAGAGGUUAUUUGACCUAUGAAGUUAUGGCAAUAAAAACAGUGUAUUCGCAUAUGAACAAGAUGUUUCCAAGACAUCCCAGUUCAACAAGGAGUACUAACUAUAAAACAUUUCCAUCUUCACAACAAGUAGAAUCAUCGAAACAAUAGCAAAACCCUCAUAAAACUAACACAGCCUUAAAUAAGUAUGGUGUUCAUUAAAUUCUUAAAGAGACAGAAGUAAUUUUCAACCACAAAUCAAAUUUAAAUUAGACUUCUUUUUUAUGAAUUCUGGUGUCUUGGUGGCUUACUUUAGCAAGAUAAAGUCAGUGUGCUUUGUUUCUGUGAAUGUAAGAAGAAGGUGUCUGACACUUGCAGGUGUUUUUCACAUGUUACUCAUGUUUGAUGGCAGGGCUUCAUGAUUUGUGGUAACACUUCAUGCUAACGUUAGGGAAGGAGAUUAAAUGUCAUUAAGGAGAUUUCAGUGUGUCACACUUUGCUGAUGUCAUUCUUACAACCUCUGCUCCAGCUUUUUUGAAAAUAAAUUUUAUAAGGUAAUUUCACAGGGCCGAUGACAGGCCCUGUUCUGCUGUUAUGGUGAUAAUCUGGGUGUGUACAUACAACAGGCUGUUAAAUUUCAACUCAUAUCAGUCAGGUCAACUGUAUUUGUCAUCUCUUCUCAAUUCCCCUCCUGUAACUUCAAGGUAUUUUUUUCAUGUGAAAACUGCAGGUCUCAUUACAUUAUAUGCAUUAAAUCAUUACUGCCAAUGGUACUUUUCAUCAAACCAGUUACAUUAUCCAGUUUGAUUCAAGAUACAGCUGGAGUAUCUGGAACAUCAUCACUGUUGGAUCAGCAAAACUGCAACUUCACAUUUAUUAUUAUUACACAAACGCAUCCAAUGAUUAUGUUUAAGCUUCUCAUUUUCUCACUUCUGCACAAAUGUUAGCAUGCUAACAAGCUAAACUGACAAUGAACAAUGAAGAUUGUACCAAAAAGGUUCUUGCUCAGUUUUAGUUUCCUCUAAGUUGUUAUGUGUAACAUUUUGACAGUCUAAUAUUACUAAUAGUAUUCAGACUGGAGCUCCUCAUAUCCUGAUCUGAACUUGAGAGUUCCUCAGCAUGGUUUCAACCACAGAAAUACACUCCUCCCUUAAGAAACUGAUUGAUUGUCAAAAAGUUAGCGAUCAAGUUUAAUGAGCAGUUUACCAUAGUUAAUUUUUCCAGUGGGUUAAACUAAACAUUGUAUUGACCACUUCCACUGAUGGAGGAAUAAAACAAGGUGAACAAAACCACAUGGAUCAGCACUGCACCUGAUUACCGUACUUCCCGGACUAUAAGUUGCUCCGGAGUAUAAGUCACACCGGCCAAAAUGCAUGGUGAAGAAAAAGAAACCAUAUGUAAGUCACGCCUAAGUACAAGUCGCAAACCCAGACAAAUUAUGAAAAAAGUGUGACUCAUAGUCCAGAAAAUACAGUAUGUUUUUCUGCCUUUUCACUGUCUGUGACAUUUCCUUAAAACAUUGAUCAAUCCUUAAUUGGGCCGUAUCCCACAGCAUCCUGUACCAUCCUCAGCCAAUUUUUACACCUGUCCAAGUCUUUUCUAAGCUUUUUUUUUUAUCUCUUCUUCGGUCAUCCCAGCUUAGACAAACUGAUGUCAAAUUCACCUUUUUACUGGACAUUGUCAUAGUCUGUGAUUACGGCAGCAUUUGUGGCAAUAAUUUGUUUUUACAACAGCAGUCUACUUGCUGCAAGGCUUUCACAGCCUACAAAAUGGUUUAUGUUUACUUAUUGCCCUGCUGUGAUCCUGGUUUGUAAUGCUAUAGUUUAAGAGUUCAAGAAAUGUACCCCAAAAAUCUUCAAAACCUCAACUGACAGAGACAAACAGGUUUAUUCUCAAGCAGGCCCUUUCAAAGCCAAUGACGUUCAUAACCCUUCAAGAAUUUUUUCUAUUGGUGUGUAUUGCACAGAGUGUUUAGACCUCAAGUAAUGACAUCAUCAGGGUGGAGGAGCUAUAAAAAUAUCUUGGACAGUGGACACUUCACUGAGAAAAUGUUACCACUACCACAAGUCCACUUACACAAUCAAGGUAUCAAAUUGUAACUUGGCUAACUGAACCAUUUACUCUAAAAUUGAAUCUUGCCAGCUCUCAGUGUGGUUAGUUUGCCAGUUACAGAUCUGGCACACUGUGAGAAAUAUAAAACGGUCAUUUCACCAUAAAGCUUAUUUCAAAUCGACUGCCUCACACAGCUGUCACAUCACAGUUAACUGCUGCUGACUGACACACAAAUGGACACAAGCACGCAUGAGACAGACGUUAACAUUUAUUGACAAGCCUUUUUUUUUUUAACCAUUAUAUCUUUCAUCAUCCCCUUCUCCUUCUUGUAAGUCAUUGUCAAUCAUCAUAAUUUUCCACAGUACAUUCAACAGCUUCCAUCGCACUCUUUCAGCAUGCAGUAUUUAUCAAUUUAAAAGUUGCAGACAGGUUUUAUGUCAACUGCUGAACGAGUAACAUGGAUCCAAUUAAGUAUAAGAUGUCUCUUUCCUUUUAUUUGCAGAAAUGGAGGGGUUCUCAAGGGGUGUGCUGUUGUGCUUGUUGUGUGCCAUUUGCCAAAUUAAUGGUGAGUAUCUGGUUAGUUGUAAUGCAGUAUUACCAUAGUGUAUUUUCAUAAUUAACUAAUUAAUUGAUUAAUCAAUCAAUUUAUUUAUUCAUUUCAGCAAAUGAGGGACCCGAUAUCAAUAAUUUAGUUUACACUGUGUGUGAGGACGUUCCAGUAGGUGAGUUAAACAUUCAAUUCUCAUUCUAUAUCACCUUUGUGACAUUAUAGCUAAAUGAUUCAAACAUUUAUGUUCAUCUCCAUGAUUUUGUUUUUGUAGGUGAGGAGGCAUUCACUAUAGAUGCAACAGAUAAGGAUAAUGACCCACUGACCUUUUCUAUCUCUGGGGUCAACGCUGGAUUCUUUGAAGUUGGUGAAAACACUGGGAUAGUAACAGUCGUGAGACGCCUUGACAGAGAUAUACCGGUAUGAUGUGAAGGAAGAACAGACACUUUAGUGAGAUAGAGGUUCAUUUUCAUUCUGUGUGUUUGGUGGAGGGUUUGUUCAGUUGGUUUAAUGUUUUCUAAAUGUUUCUUUUAUUCUUCCAGGGCGGUGAUACGAUGUCACUUGAUUUAACUGUCUCUGAUAGUAUAAACCCACCAGUGAGUAACACCUUAGCCAAAUUUAGUGUUUUAUUUCAAAAUCACUUUGGACAUUGUACAAUUAUGUAAUGAUUUUUUUUUUUUCAGAUUAUAAGAUCCAUUAUUAUAGUACUCUCAGAUGCCAACGACAACAGACCCAUAUUUGACAUUGCGUCAAAUGAUUUCACUUUCCCAGAAGUAAGUAAGACAUGUUCUUUUAAUCAGUUUCUUUAAAUUACCUCUUCUUUGUGAUUUGUUGUUUUAAUGUAUGACUAAUUCAGUAUAUUUCCAAUGAAUUUUCCACAUGUUAUUCAUGGGUGGAAUGUCAUGUUUUGUUUUUCUGUUUAUUCACCAAUCAUCACCACCAGAAUACGGCUGUGGGUUCAUCUCUGUUCACAGUAAGGGCCACUGAUGCUGACUCUUCAUCAGCUGGUGUUGUUCAUUACAGCAUUGAUGAUGUAAGUGAGUCCUCUUAAUCAUGUAUAUGUAUUUUAUCAUGUGAUUAAAUUAUAAUCCAAAGUUCUGGCAUUUCAUGACCUUUACUGAGGCAACAUUUACUCUUUCUUGUCUAGGUUACUCCAAGCUCUGGUCUUGGACUGUUUACCAUCGUCAGAAACACUGGUGAAGUCAGAUUACUUGGAAAUCUGAAUUAUACUGCACUGAGCACUUUCUAUCGGUUGCAGAUAAAUGCCACUGUAAGUGUUGUGCUGCAUAUUUUUACCUUGAAUUCUAGUGAUAAACCUGUUUGUUUUUGUGUGGAGAGUAAAAUAAUUACAUUAGUACUACUCUCUUGUCAUGUUGCUGCAAAAAUGCUAUAUUACACUCUCACUGAAAAUUGCAAACAAUUGGCUUAUCUCUGUACAUAUGUCAUGAUAAGGUUACCAGGCAAUUUGCAGAGACCCCUGACAAAUCCUGGAAAAAAUAAAAUUGUCUGUUUAAUCCAGAAUGUAAACAGUGUAAAGCAGUAUGUUGUUUUUGCAUUUUGCUGGAUGUAGAUUGUGUUACAUUAAGACAGAGCUGGACUAGCUGUUAGCUGCAGCAUCUUAUCUUUGUGCAACACUUUAUGCUCUGCAGGCUGUAGAUACAUCAGCAAAGACUAAUUAAAGGUGGUCUUCCUUUACUAACCCUCAAAGGGAAAAUCGAACAAGCACUUUGGUCAAUCAGAAUAUGAUGGGCUGUAAGGGUUUUUAAUGAUUUAUUUUUGUUGUUUGUUAUGCCAAGUGCAACAUGGGCAAUGUGUUAUAAGUUUUUUUGUGGAUGCUUGUGGUAUGUGCAUCUCUGUAUGUGAAAUGUUAUACAAUGGAUUAACCAAUUUUUCCUCAUUUUCAUGGUUAUUUAUGUACAAAUAUGACUCUUGAAGCAGCUAUCCUUAGCAAAAAAGAAAAUUUCCUGCAAGGAGAAUUUGAUGUACUGCAUUGCAUCUCAUCCCCUUGCAUUGUAUUGUAUUGUAGCAGAUCAAAUUGUACCAGGAAACAACUGAGAGCAGGCUUCAGAGAGUACUUUAACAUUGACAUCUUGGUUUUGGUCUGUUAAGCAUAGAAUUCAGUUGUUUUUAGUCAUCAGUCUACAUUUAAUCCAUCUCAUUGCACCAGUACAGUUGUGCAUAAUAGUUGUCCUUAAUAGCUUUUAUAACGUCACUUCAGCAUUUUGAAUUUGUAACUGUAGUAGAUGUAUUUUCUGUCCUAAAACCUUAAACUUUCUCUCUCUAUAACAGGAUGGUGGAGGUAAAUGUCAUUUCAGUGAGACAGUGUACCACUCAAGUAUUGCUUAUGCCCUCAUUACUGUUGAAGACGUCCCGGAUCUUGACCCGCAGUUUCUUAAUGUUCCUUACAUGGCGAGGGUUGAAGAGAAUUCCCCUCUGGUAAGUGGUCAUAGAUUUUAUUGUCCUGUUACAGAGAGCGUUUAUUUGUAACAAGGCUGGUUUUAAAAAGGAAAAUUGAAAAAUGUAUCAGUUAUAUUGUCAUAUUGUCAUAUCCUCCAAUCAAUUCUACUAGCAAUUGAAAGAUAAUACAUAAUAAAUUCUGUAAUAUCUUCGUGAUGAAUUUUAUGGCCAUCCAUCUUUGUUGGGUUACAUUUUUGGAAAAUUUUCUUUACAAAGUUGUGGUGUGAUGUGACACGAAUCUAGCAGAGGCUAUAUUGAUUUUUUUUCUUCUUAUUUUUUUUUUUAAUAGAUGGCAUAUUCCCCGUAACCUUUUUUUUCCCUUGCAGGCACAGUCUGUGUUCAAAGUAACUGCUAUAGACCAGGACACAGGAGUCAACGAUGAAAUCACCUUCACCAUUGAAGGUUUGCUUCCAAGUUAAAAUAAAAAGUCAGACCAUUACUCUUUUUGGAUUAAAUGAUAAUUGAGUAAGGACGUGUUUUUCCUCUGCUGUUUGACAGAUUCCACAGUAGACGGCUUGUUUCAAAUCUCCAAUGAUGGCACCAUAUCUGUGUCGUCAAACAUUGACAGAGAGGAAUUGGGAGACACUGACACUGUAAUACUGACUGUGAAGGUACUGUAAUCCUUUGCCUAACACAAUGAUUCAUUUGGUCAGGAGACCACAGAAAGUGCUACAUAACUACAGUCCAUCCUUAUUUUAUCUUAGAAUAAAAGUCUCUCUGUCACCAAAAUCUUAAGAAAACCAAGGUGGGUUAGUACCCAGUUAAAUCUUGUAUAUUUCUCAUUCAUAAAGUGAGUAACACAGCAGAGGUGCCUGUUACAAAAUGACUCCGAAAUGUUUGCUUGUUCUAGUAGAGGUGGAUGAAAACAACAGCAUCAGGAGCUCUUAUGUCCCAUCAUUACUUUGAUUUUUAAAAUUGCUGCGUUGCCAAUCAAAAAAGUUGGGAUUUUUAUGGUUGUCCUUUUAGCUUUAAUUUUUCUCAAGACUUUCCAUUUACUGCCCAAUCAAAUAAAUUAAGACUGCUUUCACCCAAAUGGGGCGGAGCAACAACUUCAGAGUGAAGUACCUGUACCUAGCUCCCAUCUACACGGUAACUGUGAAACUAUGAUAAAAACAAAACUCCAUACAAAACUUAGAAGAUUCUAAAAUCAGCUGUGUUUGGCUGUGAAAAAAUAAACCCUGAAGGUAAAAUAUUUCAAGUGACAUCCUCCCUAUGCCUUUGAGAAAAUGUUUGAGAGACAGAAGCCCGAUUGCCUUGCUUUGUGUUUCUUUGAUGGGAAAGAGGUUGAGUUCAAGUUCAAGUCAAAGUGGAUCUGCCAUAUGUAAAGACAUUGAAAUGAUGUGUUUUAUCUUAGGCCACUGAGUCUAACCCGAACAUCCAUGGGGUCCAAGCAAGUGCCACAACAGAUGUGCAGAUCACCAUCAUUGACGUCAACGACAACAAGCCAGAGUUUUACAAGUGUGGAUCCUCCUGUGUGAAGGAAAGCCACUUCACACAGGACGUCUCUGAGAACUCACUGGGGUCUAUUGCCAUCAACAUGACAGUAAGAGAUCUGGAUAAGGUAAGAGACAAAAACCACAGAGAAGACAACAUAGUUUGGUUUAAAGGUGAUGCUUUCUGAUGCAUGUAAAACACUGUAAGUGCAGCUUUGAAUGUUGUUUAUGUUAGAGCAUUAUUAACCAUCAGUUUGGGCUCCUUAUAGAUUACCAACACUAAACUGACUCUGGGAGGACCAGACAAAGAUGUCUUCUCAGUUGAGCCCCAGUUUACCGCGUCAGACAGCACAGUUCGGCUUGUGGUCAAGCAGCCCCAAAAACUGGACUUUGAAAAAACACAGCAAAUGAUUGUAGAGGUGAGUAAGAUGUUAAAAGAGACCAUGAGUCUAUGACUGACAUGCUAGAGAUGUUUAAUUUCUGUAAGUUAUCAUAUCUGUGUCUGUUGGAAACUAGUCUGAAGUACUUUCUCUGUGAUGUGUGAUUGUGCAGGUGAUUGCAACAGAUCAAGAUGAUACAAGCUUCCACUCCACUGCUACAGUUACUAUCAACAUCAUGGAUAUGAAUGACAACAUCCCAAAGUUCCCCCAGUCCACGUACAGGCUGAAUGUGACAGAGCACUCUGAUGUUGGGACAGAAGUGGCCAACAUUACUGUAAGUCUUCCACUGUAUGAACAUAAAGUCACGUUUCAGGGUAAGACAAGCUAUCUUCAAGUCAUCUUUGACCUUUUUUUUAUUACUUCAGUUAUAAUAAUAAUGACCUUAAUCAGUUUAGCUGAAAACUUAGGCUAAAAGCUGAAACAAAGCAUUUUUGUGUCAGCUUUUUUAUACUGGUGUACCUGUCACUUUUAUAUCAUAGUUCAAAGUUCGAAAAGUUAUAAACACAUCUCUUAGAGGCUCAGUGCCAAGCUGUUUAUCACGUCUUCUCUUACCCCAUGCCACCUCCUCCUCACUAAAAUACUCAGUCACACCCCUUUUUGUCGUUUCAAAGUCUGUUACAUAAAACUGCGUUGGCGUUAGGGCUGCUCGACUUUGGAGUAAUCUGCCAGGGUAGAAUGAGCCUGUAUGGUCUGUCAUGUUUUCAAUUGCCUAUAAUAAAAAAAAGAGGCUGUAAAACUGCCCGUGGGUGCUAUUUGUGAAGAUUUGUCAUGACCCCUGUUUGUUUUUACUCUCAUUAAAGAACUCUUGAAUGACACUCAAGGGAGCUAAAAUGAUAUGUUUUCCUUAGGCAGAGGAUCCUGACACCAUGGAUCAAGGCAAACUCACCUACAGCCUUCUCCCUGACAGCAUGUAUGUCCACACACUUGUCAUAAUUUCAGAGCAGUCUCUACAUAUCUUUAACUUUCUUGACAAUAAUGAAAACACUGCUGUCAUAUCUCUUUUUUUUUCAGAUUACAGUAUUUUUACUUGGAGGAAAACGCUGGAGUAGUGUAUGUGAAAGACAAAAGUCUAUUGGACCGUGAGGUCAGAUCUCUGUACUCGGCAACUCUGGAGGCAAGAGAUACAGAGGGCAAGCCUGGCACCACAGUAUUGGAGAUCACUGUGCUGGACAUCAAUGACCAGCCUCCAGUUAUGAACAGAGAGUCAUACCUGGAGUUUGUCAAAGAAGGUGGAGAUUUUGAGCUUACGAUACAGGUAAGUGUAGGAGAAAAGUAGAAGUAUUUUCAUCUCCAGAUGUGGGCGAGGUUAUGACUGUAAAUCCUGAGUAACUUGAUCCUCCCCCCACCCCCAUACUGUUACUGAGAUCUUAACCUUCAGGGUUCUGUGUUAACAAAAAGGAAAAAAGUGAUUCAACAAUUCUCACUUCUAAAAUGUUAUUCAGCUCCUGACUGACACUUCAAUUGAGAUUUAAAAAAAACAAUGAAACAUAAAUCUUUUGUCUACAUAAUUUGUAUUUUUGUUGAUAAAUGGCGCCUGCUGUAACUACAACAGAACCAGACCACCCUUGGCUCAGACUCUGGGGGGCUAGUACUGCUAGUAUGUUAUGUAGCCUCAUGUAGAGCUGAUAAUGUUGAAAUAGUCUAACAAGUGAAAUUUGCUACAACAUGGAAUAACAUGCCAGAAGAUAGUUUUCUUCAAACAUAUCUGCCACACUUUAAGGUACAGCCUCUCCUGCUUAAACAAGAAAAAACAAAUCCAGAUCCAUGUUAAAUGACAGACUUCCUCAACUCUAUCAAACACUUCUGAGGAAACCCACGGUGAACCCCUUCAUCCGACAUCAGGGAUCUCCUCAGAUAUGCUGCUGUGGCUGAUUAAAAGCAAAGCCCUCAAGUCAAGGUCAAGGCAGACCACCAAAUAACAGCGUAUUACUGACAAUAGUUUGUACUGAGAUGAUCAACAACCCUGCAUCUCUGUCAAUAUUCCGUUUUUAGGACGCUUUCAUACUUUUUUGUUGGUGUUAAGUAAGAACGAAAGUCUUAACUAUCUCUUGCCAUGUGUUUCUCAUUUGGGCAGGCUACUGAUGCAGAUGAUCCAGACACAAAAAACAGCCAGAUUGUGUAUAGCAUUGAAGACAGCAGGUACAGUGAUAGCUUCACAAUCGACCCAAAAACUGGUGUGCUAAGAAACAGCGCUAAGCUUGAUCGUGAGGCUCUGGACCCAGAGCUGGAUGGACGGAUUGAGCUCAAUGUUACAGCCACUGACCAGGGUACUCCUCCACUGUCCUCUACAGCCCUCGUUACAGUCAAUGUAGAGGUAAGGGUUCAGCAGUGUGAAUAUCUAUAAAAAAUCAUGAGGAUGGAAACUGUCAGUGUCUCUUUUUGAUGCUUCUCAGGAUAUCAACGACAACAAACCAGAGUUUGCUGAGGCCUCUUAUGAAUUCUUUGUCAAAGAAGGGGAAAAAGGUAUUUAUUUAUUUAUUUAUUGUUUCAAGACCUGUGAUUGUUCAUGGCUGUGUGGCUUGUUUUAUUCAUGAGGUUUCUGUGUCUGAUCAGGGGCUUUUGUGGGUUCUGUCACUGCUGAGGAUUUGGACCAAACCAGGGACUUUAACCGUAUUUCUUUUGGCAUUGUUGAUGGAAGCUUUGGCAGCUUUAUCAUACGCACCCAUGCAAUGGAGCGGGGUUACAGGGGCAACCUCACUGUGGACCCUGAUAUCGAGCUGGACUACGAGAGUGACCGCAAGCAGUUCAGACUGCUGGUGGAGGCAGUAGAUCUGGAGCAAUUGAGUGCUGAAGUGGUGGUUGUUGUGAAUGUGGAGGAUGUGAACGAUGAGCGGCCCGAGUUCAGGCCAACAGCACCUGUUACUGUGAAGGAGAACACCACCAUCAGUGAGGCUGUCGGGAGAUUUACAGCCCAGGACAGAGAUGGAAACCACUCUCUGGUCUACGAGCUGGAGUCCAUCAAAUGCAGAUGUAACGGCUCUCUGACACCCUGCAGCUACUUUCUCCUGGAUCCUACAGGAGAAGUCAGACUGAACCCUGAGAUCGUAGUGGAUUAUGAACAAUGUGACCAAGUACUGAUGGAGGCUCAGGUGGUGGACGUGUUUACAGAGAAAGGAGAGAACAACAGUGUCACAACAGGUCAGCACUUACCAGUUUGCAAACAAAGAUGACAUGCCAAUCAACAAAUCUGUCCUACAUACAGAAACAAGUGAAUUAACUUUAUUUUCCUUGUAUUGUUUCAGGGCAAAUGGUGAUCAACAUUGAAGACAUCAAUGACAACAUCCCAGAGUUCAUUUUGUCAGAUUCUGUCUUUGGUGAGUGCGGAUUAUUGAGAUUUAGUGAUUUGAAAACUAUGUUUGAAUUGUAUAUGUAUAUACAUACAUUUGUAUGUGUGUGUGCGCGCGCGCAUGUGUGUGUGUGUGUGUGUGUGUGUGUGUGUGUGUGUGUGUGUGUGUGUGUGUGUGUGUGUAUAAAGUCUAACAGUCACUUUUUUGUGUGAAUUUUAGUUGUGGUGUCAGAGAGUGCGAGUAAGGGAACAUCAGUUGCAGGAGUCACUGUGAGUAUAGAGAAAAUACAUCAAUCAUCAAUGACACUAUAACCAAAGUCAUGUGCUGACAAGGUGAUAGGCAUACCUGUCCAAUUGUAUGUGAACUGUGAAGACUGGCCUGUUUGAGCAACUGGAGGUCAAACUGCUGAGAAAACAUAUCCUUGUUAUGAUGGAAAGAUGUCAGUUCAUACAGUGUGUCACAGUUUGUUGUGUAUGGAGCUUGUGUAUUGGCCCUUACUUGAUGAGAUGGCGACCUACACAGUCGUCGCAUGUAGCCUUAAUGUCAUGGCUGAUUGGUGUAAAUAGAUGUAAUGGAUGUUAUGAAAUUUGUGACAAGUCCUCAAAUUCCUGCUGUUUUCUGCUUUUACUCUCAGGCUUCAGACCGGGACUCAGGUAUACAUCGUCAGAUUGAGUUUAAAGUAACAGCAGUCCAGUUUAAAGACAGCAACAAUGAAACAACCCCCAUGAGGACCCUGUUUGAGGCUGUCACCACACAGCAAAAUGACAUCUAUGUUGGAAUUAUUCAGUGAGUAAACAGUCAUCUUUUCCUACUAUUGCACUUGGAGUAAGUCUCUAUUGUAUUAUGUUUGUCUGUGAAAACCCAGAGAGAGCCAUGGUAGUCCCUUGGCUUUAGUGUAAGUUUAAAAUUACUGUUUCAAUUCUUUGUUAGAAAGUAAAUUCACUUAUUACAAGAACAAUUAUGGAAGAGCAAGUUUUCAAUAAACAACCAAAGAGAAACACUAAAUUACACAACAAGUAGCCUAUAUAAUAACCAAAAGAGGCAAUAAAGUUAAAUGACUUUGAUAAACAAGAAAAGUGUUAUCGUAGAAAAACAGAAAUGUCAAAUUGGGUGUACUGUGGCAAGAUAGAGACUCAAAAUCCCUUAAAAAGACAAAAGGGACAAAAAAGAGAAUAGUUUCAGGAUUUCUUCCUCUUUCCACAGAACUACUGAGACACUUGAUGGGAAACUGAAGGGGAAGUAUUUGGUAACGGUAACAGCCACGGACACUGGCGGCCUCUUCACCAGCACUGUGCUGGAGGUGAGAUAUGAGACUUGACUUUUAUUUAUGAUCCAUGAUGUUGUAGUUUACCUUGUAGAAAGACUGUUAAACCCAAGUCUGUGCUUUAACUUUGCCUUUUAUCAUUAUUUUAAAGAUCUUUACAGUUGAUGACUCUUUCAAAGUGGAACUUGAGUUUACUUCAUCUGAGGAAGAGGUUGAAGCAAAACUCAAUGAAAUCAUCAGGUACUCAUCUGCAUGGUUUAGAAAACUUUGAUUGUGGGGGCAGGGACAUAUGUCUUUUUUCCACUAAGUUCACAUUCAAACAGUGUUCCCUCUAGACUUUGUGUUUCUUUGUAUUUCCAGGGCGCUCACUUCUGCUACCAAGGCUGCUGUGGAAGUCAUUUCAAUCCGGCCAAACACAGAUGAAACAACCAGGCAAGUUCCUUUUCCUCUAAACCUUCAACUCUAAUACAACACAAAAUAUCAUAAUCAUGAAGCGUGUGGUUACAGAUUCAGACCAUAUAAUGUUUGCUGCUGUUGAAAGUAAGCCAAGAUGAUCCUCAUCUUCUCCUCUGCACAAUAACAUUUGUCCACUAGAUGGUGCCUGUGUCAUUGUAAACACAUAUUGUGCAUUUAUUGUGGUCUUUUUAAGAGAGUAAUUGCAGCCACACAAGACAGUUCAAAGAAGUCUGUGAGAAAGUAUCUAAGCAAGUUCAAUUCUCCUCUCAGGGCCUCAGGCGGUUCCAUCAUGGUGGCAUAUUUUGUUUACGCCAAUGGGACGGCUCUGACCUCUGAUGAAGUGGAAAAAUAUAUCUCUGAUCCUGAGCACUAUUUUGUUUUGAAAGACCUUGGACUCGCAAGUAUUGUAAGUACAAGUAUUUUUAGUUUUAAGGUUUUUUUUUUUCUAACAAGGGUCUCAUUAUCAUUUGCUGUAUGGCCCCUUGUAAUAUAUUUGAUAGAUAGAUAGAUAGAUAGAUAGAUAGAUAGAUAGAUAGAUAGAUAGAUAGAUAGAUAGAUAGAUAGAUAGAUAAUUUAUUAAUCCCCACAAAUUCAGUAUAUAAAAUUCAAUACAUAAAAACACUCUAAGCCCACGACUAAAACCAUCACACAAUAAGUCAACAAUGAUCAUUAUGAAAACGAAUAGCAGCAGGAAUGAAUGAUCUCCUAAAGCGCUCCGUCCUGCACCGUAAGGAGAGGAGACGCUCUGAUUUGUUGCUCCCCUGGGCGGACAGAGUCCCAUGCAAAGGGUGUCUGGUGUUGCUGAGGAUUGUGUUCACUUUCCUCCUCAUACACCUCUCCACAACAGCUCCCACGGCGUCCAGUGACCCCCCCCCCCCCCCCCCCUAUCAUUGACCCCGCCUUCUUCACUUGCUUAUCAGCCUGUUACAUUUCCUGGAGGAGAUGUUAUUGCCCCAGCAGACAACAGCAUAGAAAAGAACAGCCAUAACAACAGAUUGGUAAAACAUAGACAACAUUUGAUUGCACACCUGAAAGGACUUUAGCCUCCUUGAGAAAAGAGCCUGGUCUGACCCUUCUUACAGACGCUGUCAGUGUUGGUAUUCUAGUCAGCUUUGUUAUCCAGGUGGACACCUAGAUACUUAUCAUAGCAUUUCUCUUCUUACUAUCAGAGCAUAAUUUUCCCAUUUGCUGGUAAAGACUUUUCAAUAAAGUGACUUUAAAGGGAAACUCAAUUAUAGAAGGAAUAGGAACAUAACUACAGAUGAUAGUUCAGACACAACUAUAAUACAGCAUGUGCUUUGCUUAUACUUCAUUAUAUUUUCUAAGCAAUAACCAAAUAAUAUUAUUAUAAACUUAUAAGGUUUAUAUUCAUUCAAAAAUCAGGAAGUUUAAAUGGAACAUAGCACACUGAUGGAUACCAUAUUACCACUUGUGUUUCAGGCGAACAAUGUUGUGGCUGAACAGCAGGACGAACUUCAGUGGGCCCUGCUGGGCAUGCUGGGAGGCCUCAUUGUCGCGCUGGCUGUCCUCACCACUUCCUUACUGUGUACACGCAGAAAGUAAGCUAAAAGAAUUUGUAACUAAAGGGCAACAACAACAAAAAAAAGACAAGAUUCAGUAACAACACAACUAAACUGAUGUUUGUCAAUGACCAGGAAAAGUUACUGGCUAAAUAACAUUAUGUAUAGUUGUAUAUCUCAUCAUGCAGAAAACAUUGGUCAAAUUUUAUAAAACCUCUGUUUGUUUAACAGAUCAGGAAUUGAGUCAUAUAAGAUAUUUUCCUUUAAUACUUUUCAGAUUUGAGAUAUAGUUAUCUUGAUGAAAAAAUACAUCCAUGUCUCUCAAGUACAAAUGAUUAGAGCAUACACCUGAGAGUUGUUUUAAAGAGCAUAUUCCAAUCUGUUCAAUUCACUAAACAGCUAUAGGAGGAAGCUGAAGGCAGCCAAGGCUAUGAACUCUGCCGCCAUGGUGAACUCUGACAACCAGAAAAGUGGUCCUGUUGUGCCUGGGACCAACAUAUACACCAUGGAGGGGUGAGGAAAACUAAGAGAUAGAUGAAUGAAGUCAUCGCAGACAACACAACUCUGACUGUAUUUGACCCUUUUAUCUUUUAUUAUUGUGAGCAGAGCAAAUCCUGUUCUCAACAAGCAUAUUGACACAACCAUGGACUUGGACGCGGACCUGGAAGGGGAGAGCUCAGAUGUAGAUAAAGUCAGGUAAAGAAAUUCUUUUAUGACCCUCCAAUGUCUGCUGAUAGCAUUUGUGUGCCUGGUCCGUAGUGCCUGUAAACUGGGAUUGUUUCCAUCUGAACAUUUUGUCACAGUGGACUCGCUAAAGCAGGUUAUGAAUCAGAAGUCAUAUCCUGAUAUUAAGGCUGACAUUUGAUCCUUGUUGGGGGGGAAAAAAAAAAACACUCUAUCUAAAAUCAUGAUUACUUUUACAUGUGUAGAUUUAUCUCCUUCCUUCCUUUUCUUUUCCCACUAAAGCCUUAACUCCAUAGACUACGGUGAUGACGGAAUGUUCCCCGAAAAGCAGAUGAUGGUAAGUUUGCAUUUCAAAGCCCAUCUUUCUCUGUGCUAAAGAGAACAUGUUCUACACUAAAAAAAUAACUUGUCUCCAUCUCAUUAGAAUAUGAUCCAAGAGGAGGAGGAGGAAGAGGAUAGUGGACCUCCAGAGUACAUUGAGCCCCUGGGAGCAGUGCUGGCACAUCAAGGCCAGAAGAGAGGCUCUGAGAAACCUCGGCUGGGUUAUAAUAACCCUGCAUUCAGCACUACAGACUUGUGAAGAAAACUAUGAAGACAGAGGCCCUGCUGGAGGCGUCACAUGGGCAGAUGUUGCCUCUGUGUAAUCAGGCUGACC